GGAUGUUGACCCUCUGCUGUCUAUGUUCAAGUGUUGACAACUGGAAUUCAUAUAGUUAUGCAAACAAAUGUUUAGUUAUUGUUAAUAAACAUUUUUUGUUUGAAGAAGUUUGUUUUCUUUAACUGUUGACUUUUCCAAAGAAAACGGUGUACAUUUUUUAUUAAUUUAAAUGAAGGCAAUGUUGCAAAGAAUGUUGAGUGUACUCAAAUAAUGGGCAGUGAAAUUUAGAAACAAAACAUUUUAAGUUAAAAGUAAGUUCUCUCAACAAAACAUUUCUCAACAAAAAAUGUUAAGUGCUGCUGAUGUAUGUUUUUAAUCUACAAGAACACACAAUUUAAAGUUUCUCCAAUUUAAUAUUUUAAGUGUUCUGAACUUAAGUACAUGAGUAGAUGUAACUAUCAAAUGCAAUAUUUUAAGUAGUGUUAACUAAAAUACAUAAGUACGUCUGAAUAGUAAUGUUACGUUUGACAAACUUAAGAUAUCACUUUGAGUGAACUUCUUAUCAUAAGUUGACACAACACAUUUGCCCUUAGUUGAGUGAACUCAAAAAGGCUUUGCAGCUGGUUGCCUCACUUUUUUAAGUUGACUCAACUUUUUUUUUUUUAGAGUGUACAUGAGUCUGGAAAAACGGAGGGAAUUCCACCCCCCUUCUUCCCUCUUUUUUUAUUUUUUUUCCUAGAGGUGGAGGUCCUAUUAAUGUGACCAAUGCUGCCUGGCCCAGCUGAAUAUAUUUACUUAGUGUUAGGAGAGCGGUGGCCACAAAAGCAGGAAUGUGCCUGAGUGUGACUUGAAAGCGGCUGUUUCAUUUACAUUUUUUACCCAUAAAAUAAAUACCGAGCGGCCCUGCGAUUUUUAUGAAUGGCUGCAUUCAUUCCAAAACACGCCCACCAAUCAGCGAGCUGUCCUCGCGGUGAAGCCACGCCCGUUUGGAAUGUCGGGGCUGCUUGGCUGCACGCUGAAUGGCUAGAAGCACGGAGAAGGGCGGGGCCUCUUUGAGGCUCACCAGCGGGUAUAUAUCACAUUUGAGACACUCGGCCCGCUAGAAAAACAAGGACUAGGUCCAUAAACGACUGAGACUCAGUGUGAAGCUAUUUAGGAUCUCCCAGACGUUCUUUGGAUUGUAGCUUGAAGAUAUUGUUUUGAUUUUUACUUUUCCCCUCAAAGCAUCAAAGGCCAAUCAUGGCAUUUCUGAUCUACCUGACAGUACUGACAACAGCAGUCAUCACACAGGUGACUGCUAGCUGCCCGGCCGUGUGCGACUGCCCCGACCAGCCCCCGGUCUGCCCCCCAGGAGUCAGCGCCGUGCCGGAUGGAUGUGGGUGCUGCAAGGUGUGUGCGGCCCAGUUGAACCAGGACUGCGGCCCUGUGAGGCCAUGCGACCACCACAAAGGGCUGGAGUGUAAUUACGGCAACGACGUGACCAUGGCCUGGGGCAUCUGUCGAGCUAAAUCGGAGGGAUGCACAUGCGAGUACAACGGCAGGAUCUACCAGAAUGGCGAGAGCUUCCGUGCCGGCUGUAAACACCAGUGUACCUGCAUCGAUGGCGCCGUCGGCUGCGCUCCCCUCUGCACCAACAAGCUGCCACCGGCCUCGGCCUCCUGCCCCUACCCACGGCUGGUCAGGAUCCCUGGGCAGUGUUGCUUCAGCGUGGACUGCAAUAAAGGCACCUGGCGGCUCCCAGCGAAGCAUCAGGCGCCUCCGCCACGACAGCACCUGCCCAGACGUCAGCAGCAUUCUGAAAAUGAGCUGGCCAACGAGCUCGCAGAGGUCAAGUCCAGCGGCUGGGAGAGUGAGCGUGGCUACAAACACCUGCCUGUGUGGAACCAUCGGAAGGAGAAGUGUCCGGUCCAGACCACGGACUGGUCCCAGUGCUCCAGCAGCUGUGGGAUGGGCGUUUCCUCUCGCAUCACCAACAAGAACCCUCAGUGCAAGCUGCAGAGAGAGACGAGACUCUGCACCGUGCGUCCGUGCCGUGGCCUGACGGCCCCCGCCAAGAAGGGGAAGAAGUGCUCCCCGACCCAGAAAGCCGCAGAGCCCGUCCGCCUGUCCUACGGAGAAUGUGCGAGCGUCCGGCUCUACCGGCCCAACUACUGUGGCGUGUGUACGGACGGACGGUGCUGCUCGCCGCGGCGCGUGCGCACCGUGCCCGUGACCUUUGUCUGCCCGGACGGCGAGCGCUUCCAGAGGUCGGCCAUGUUCAUCCAGUCGUGUAAAUGCAGCGACGAUUGCGGCCACCUCAACGAAGUGGCCCUCCCCCCACAGCAAUGGAUGUACGGGGACAUGCACCAGUUCACAGACUAGUACCGAGGAGGACUUUGUUUUAUUUUUUCAUUGUGAUGAGGUCAAUUUUCUUGAUGAAUGAAGACUCUUUUAUGACGAGGGGUCAUUUUUCCCCUCUGGCUCCCAAUGAGUGAAGAACACAGGUCGCCUCUGUUUUAUUCUCAAUCAUAAAGGACACCUUAAUUGUGAGUGUGUGACAGGAGUGGAUUGUACACGUGCCCACUCCUGUUCAAACAGACAUGGGCCCUAAAUCAGAGCCUGAGGCACUCCUGGACUUCCUCCACUAUUGGACUGAACGCUGGUUCAAAUGUGCUGGAUUCUUUUUGAGACCCUGAGGAGAAACGCUACAAGAGCAACAAAGCACUUUGUUCAGCACUAGAACUAAAGAACCAGAACUAUGACGGCAGCGCACAAACACUUCACCUGCAACAAUAGCCUCACACUGAUGCUGGAUGACUCCAUGUCCCACAAUGCACUGACAAUUUACCGACAAGCGAAAUAAUCUUUUGCGACUUUGUGGAAAGAAAAUGUUGCGUUCUUAAAAUGAUAAGGAACACCAUCUGAAAUGGAUGGGAGCGUUCAGCUGGACCAACGCCAAUUAAUUUCUUGUUUGUGCAUUAAAUGUAGCUCAAGAGGAAUGUCUUACCUGUAUUUGAGAAUUUAUUUUGGAUCACUAUUUUCUGUAAAUAUUCUUUAUUUGGAUCCAAGUUUGUGUUGGUCACAAAUAUACACAUCUGUGGAUUGAGACACUGGAGCGCAACUGUCCCACGUUGUUGUUGGCCCAUCCAUGUUUGAUGCAAGUUAUUUUUUUACUUGAGCUCAACCUGCAGUCGCAAUAGUAAAAUUUGGUAAAGCGGUG